UCUUGUCUUAUUGUUCUUUUUGGUUUUGUGAGAUCCCAAAUGGCAUAUUUACACGCCUAUGCUAAGAUUAGUAUGUCUCCAAUUUAAAUUAAUCUCAUUUAUAGUACGCAAGGUUCAUAUGGGGUCUGGCUAACAAAGUUAGCACCAGUGUGGGGCGACUGGAAGUGAUGCUGCUGGUUUUCCUCUGGGGCGUUACUGAGCUAUGUUGUCGAGUGAGAAACAGAAGAGCCGUAACGAGGACGAAGUGGUUAAAAAGCUGUGCCUGGUUAAUGGUGUCUGCUAUGAAAAAAUUGCACAUGAAGGGAGCAGCAUUGGGUCACUGGAGAUCUUCUUCUCUGGUUUCCCCCGCAUGGUUGGACUCUCUUUUUUCACAAGGCUCUGCCACCUUACUAUUGUGGAACAGGAUAUAGAACACAUUGAAGGGCUUGAGUGCUGUCCUCUGCUCAAGGAGCUCUGGAUAGUCCAGUGCCAUCUCACAGAAAUUUCUGGACUACAAAACUGUCAGAAACUGGAGAAACUCUACCUUUAUGAUAAUCAGAUCUGUGAAAUAAAGAAUCUACAAUUACAGGUCAACCUAGAGGUUCUGUGGCUCAAUAACAAUUGCAUAACAAAGAUACAGGGCUUAAACACACUCCAAAAUCUUAGGGAACUAAACCUUGCUGACAACAACAUUGAAAAGAUUGGUCACAGCCUUGGUCCCAAUGUCAACCUUGAGCAUCUCAAUCUGUCCGGGAACAAGAUCAGCUCCUUUAAGGAGCUGACACUGCUCGCCCAUUUGGCCUGUCUGAAAGAAUUGGCACUGAAGGACCCCAUGUCAACCCCAAACCCAGUGUGUCUGUUGAGUAACUACGCCACACAUAUUCUUUACCACAUGCCUGGCCUUCAGCGACUCGACAUUUACGAUGUCUCGGACAAACAAGUGAAAGAAGCUGCCGAGUCUGCAGUAUUAAAGAAGAUGAUGUACUACAACAUGCGUGUACGCACCGCUCACAGGAACCUGGCGGAGACUCUGCUCAGUCUAACAGAGAGAAAGAAAACCCUUCUGCAGUUACCUGAAGAUUGUAUCAGGGGCUUGAGUCAUUCUCUCAAAAGUCUGGAACGUGAGCUCUCCAUGAUGCCUGUCAGGUGUAAGAGGCCUAGCUGCAGGUUGGAGGAUGAACCAGGACAAUCCCCCCGCCCAGAGGAUGGCGUUACUGAAAUAAGUGACAUGCCUUCUGAUGUCAGUGGCGAUCUUGCAUUGGACCAAAAAAUACUCCUAAAGAUUGAAGCACUGAAGGAAAGACUGAAAAUAUGGACCAGGAGGAUAGAUGAUAUCGAAGCCUAUUACGAGCGAGAGUUAGCCCAAGCCACAAAAAAGAUGGAUCAUGCAGUACAGUUUUUGUUGAUGGAGCUGGAAAGCGUUGGUAAUAUCCGUUUGGAGGAGGGCUGCUCCACAGACCCAUGGUUUGCGUCAUGUUGUGACCUCCUGUUUUCCCGCUUCAAUCCUUCAGACUACAAAAGUCAUAGCAUCACUGACAUAAAGAUCGAUCAAGUUUUCCGCAUUCACAACAGUGCUUUGAGGCUCCGCUUUGAAGACAAGCUUCAUAGCCUGCUUUCUAGUGAUGAUUCUGUCACUUUUUCACAGAAUUACAGACGUCGACUGGAGUACCUAUUCUACAUAGCUGACCCUGAAAGAUCAGAGAAAGAGGAGACUUUUCGCAUUGUAGAGGAAGGUUUCAAAACAACCCAGCAACAAAAGGCCUUGGGAAGAGAGAAUGCUGUACUCUUAUCUAAUAGCUUAGACGUAACUGAACAGCCCAGAAUUGAGUAUGCAACGAGCCACGCCAGCCAAGGUGAUUCCAAGGAAAGUACGGGUACAAUCCUUUUCAGGCACGGUCAUGUUAUAGUUUCCAAGGUGUUUGUGGGUAACAGCAUGCCUGUCCGCGAUGGAGAACUGAAGGGUAUAAGCAGCUAUCCCAAAGUCUACUCUGUGUAUCACAAUGUGGACUCCAAGCAAACAUCUACAAAGAGCGAUGAGAGUCCCUAUCCAACCAAAACAAACACUGGCAAUGAUUGUAAUCUUCGUCGAAGGCAGUGGUUUGUGUUUGACCACGAGCUUGUCUUACCAGAGUAUAUUAUAUAUUUUCAUUACAUCACAGGGGACAAUGAACUCUUUGCAGUGCUGAGCUCCAGCACAGAAAAAGACACUGCUCUUUCCAAUGCCAUCACCCUGGACAGAGCAGCCCUCAACAUGGAACCUGUGCUGACAAUGCAGCCCAAAUUCUUAAGCUUGGAUGAUAAAAUUUUGCUAAAUCUGGCCAGAGCAAACAUCCUUAGUCAGAUCACUGUACUUAACCUUCAUGGCAACAGUUUGAUUAAAAUAAGGGAGAUUUCAAGCCUCACGGCCCUGAGACAUCUCACCAUCAGCUUCAAUGAAUUCACACGCCUUGAUGACAUUUCUCACAUGCCCAAUCUGGAGUUUUUGGACGCCAGCUUUAACCAUCUGGUGACUCUGGAAGGGCUCCGGGGCCUGGGGCAGCUCAAAGAACUCAAUGUGAGCUGGAAUAAGUUGACCAAAGCCAGAGAAGAUACAGCUGUGCUGAGGAGACACACACCUGGUUUGCUGCAACUAGACACCCGACACAAUCCCUGGAGCAGGCCAGAGACAGUUAGAAUGAGCAUAUUAGGGCGCCUCACGACCCUUACACACCUGGAUGGCAUAUUAGUAGCAGAGGAAGAGGCUGCAGAGGCAGUUCAGAAGGCUGUCACAUCCAAAAUUAACCAGGCAGUUCUUUUGGCACACUCCCGUACCACCAGAGACCGUCCUCGCAGUCUCAGUCUGCUGUCAACAGCACAGCUUCUACACCACAUGAGACCGGCACCCUGGGGACAUGUCAGAGAACUGGAGCCAGACUGGACCUCAAAGAUCACAACUUUGAACCUUGACAACCAAAGGAUCUCAAAACUCAUUAAUAUGAAUAAGCUUGAGAAUCUGCGCUGGGCCUCCUUCAAUCAUAACGACAUCUCCAAAGUUGAGGGUCUCGACUGCUGCCUGAAGCUAGAGGAGCUAUCCCUAAACAAUAACAGCAUCAGCACACUCAAUGGUCUAACAAGACUGCAGUACCUGAAUAAGAUAAGUUUAGAUGCGAAUCAGCUGUCCAUUCUAGAUGCUUCAGUUCUGGACCAGUUGCCGAACCUCACCUUUCUUUCAGUGGAGAACAACUACAUCGCGUCAUUACAUGGCAUCCAGAGACUUCGGUCUCUUCUUGAACUCUAUAUUGGAGGAAACCAGAUUUCUACAUCGAGAGACAUCUUCUAUCUCAAAGGAUUGGCCAGUCUCAUCAUUCUGGAUCUCUAUGGGAAUCCUUUGGUGCAGAAACUGGAAAACUAUCGAAUAUAUGUGGUGUUCCAUCUGCCUUCCCUUAGAGCCCUGGAUGGAGUUGCUGUGGAAGUUAGUGAGUGUGAGAGUGCAAAGAGUAUGUUUCGGGGAAGACUUACAACGGACACAGUAGCAGAGAAGCUUGGCCACUCAAACUACACAGAAAUCACCUAUCUAACCCUGCAAUCCUGCUCCAUUAGGACAGUUGAUCUGUCUCCAGCAGACCUCUUCUGUAACCUCUGCAGUGUCAACUUAGACCACAAUAACCUCACCUCCUUCUCAGGGCUCAUCCACCUGCCCAACAUCAAGGCACUGUGUCUCAACUACAACCACAUAGAGUCCAUUCUUCCUCGGCACAAAACUCAGGCACAUCUGACAAACAGACAGAUGCUUCACAGUAAAGUCCAUUCAAGUGGGUAUGGCCAACAGAAUCCAUCUAAAGCCAGCAGGGAUACUGGGCCCUCUGGCAGCUUGGAGCCACUGAUGGGGAGCCUGGAGGUUCUUCAUUUGAGUUACAAUGGUAUCUCCAAUAUGGCCAAUUUGCAGCUCAGCAGGCUCACCAAUCUUAAAGCACUCUUCCUCCAAGGCAAUGACAUCAGUCAGGUGGAGGGCUUGGAGGGGCUUCAUCAGCUCAGAGAACUUGUGCUAAAUAGAAACCGGAUCAAAGCUCUGGCCAAGAACUCCUUCAUAGCCCAGAAUAUCCUUCUAGAACUGCACUUAGCAGAGAACCGGAUCCGGGAUUUAAGCCAUCUCUGUCCUCUGACUGAGCUCCGCAAGCUCUUCCUUGGCAUGAACAAGCUGCAGGACAUCACAGAGCUUGACAAAUUAGAGGUUCUUCCCUCACUGACGGAGCUCUCUGUGGUUGGAAAUCCUGUUGCCCGAAACUCUCUCCACAGACCUGCAGUCGUGCUUCGUCUGUCCCAGUUGCAGGUUCUAGAUGGACUGAUGGUCACUCUGGAGGAACGGACAAGGGCUGAGCUCCUCAGUUCAGACCAAUCUCAAAGCUCUCAGCACCCUGGAGCAUCGCUACCUACCACAGAAGUGAACCUACCAGGUUUGCUACCCGUUCUGCCACACAACACUACUCUGAGAGGAAUGAGUAUAAGUGGAGGACUACAGAACUCUGUGCAUGGGCAUGAUACCCUCCCAGACAAAAAGCACAAGUACUGUCAUGUUGGUCGAAGCCACCAAACUGGGAACAGAGCUAUCUCUACAUUUUCUAAACAAGAGCAAGACAGCAGAUUCCCUUAUGGCAGUAAACCUCCACCAAUGUAGCAGUCAGAAGAGUUGGAGCUCCCAGUAGUCAGAACAAGACCCAAAGGUGAAAACACAUGUGCUGUGGUCAUAUUUCUGUGUUUUCAUGUCCAGAUGGCCCUUGGCUUAUAUUGAUAAAUGCAAUUUGUGGUUCUUAUAUAUUGUAGAGCAUUUUAAAAGAAAAAGAAAAACAUUUUUAAUAUGAGUUAAAUCGGACUGCUUGAUGAAUAUAUGCCAUGCAUUCCUCUUAAAGCAUUUAUAAUGCCUUUGAUUUAAUUUUCGCUCAACAUAUGGAGAUCAGUAUCCAUGCUUAUCUGAGGAUGAGCAGCAUUGGUGUCAUUUCAUCCACUAUCCUUUCAUUUGGCCUGAACACGUUUAAAAAAAAAUGUGUGAGGCUGGCAUGUUACAUCCAUCAGGUCAAAUGCAUCCCCAACAAGUGGAUAAUCCAGCUUUAGCACACCUCUCUGUAGACAAUAAUCUGCAGUCACUCAUAUAAAAAUGUAAUGUUGAAUAGGGUCCAAAUGGAUUUCAGAGAUUGUCGGUUUCAUCAUGUUAGCCUCUUUUCAAAAAGCCCAUUGCAGUGUUUUCCCAAACAGGCAAAUCUUCUGUGUUGUGAUGGCAAUUUUUAAUUUAUGAUCUAAAAUAGUAAUUUUACUGUUGGUGUAGUCUUGUGAUCCCUUUGUCAAUAAAAUAAUCUGAAUGUGGAAGAUGUGUCCUAUAUUACAUUUUGUUUCUUUAUUGUGAGAGCUCUAAAUUGGUGAUUGUAAUCCAAAUGUAUU